AUGUUUUGCAGUCCGGCAAACCUUGCAAGAGAGGAAGGGUUUGCCAGUAAACGAAAACUUCUCUACGUCUCCAGGGCACUUCCAGUCUACUUUCUUAACGAUUCUAUUAAAUUUAUGGCAUUUGCUUAUCCACUUCAAUGCAUUCCAAAUAUACAGAAGAAGGAAAAUUUAAGUGAAUGUCUAUAUACAAUGUCUGAAGAAUACCGAAUUGUAGUCCUCGAUGGCUAUGAUAUAAGCGCUAUUGGUUGGCCAAAGGAUCAUGAAAAGACAUUGAAGGCCUUGAAUUUUCUUCAGGAAAGGAAUCCAAAUUCAGACAAAAACAGUCCAAAUGGAUUAGUGGGGCUUCAGAGAAGAUUCCUUAUGUUCAAUGGAGCAGUUGGGAAAGAACAAUUGGAAUGGUUGGAUCACGUCCUUCAGGAUGCAACAAAUUCUAACCAGAAAGUUGUGGUAUGUUGCCAUCUACCUUUAGAUCCCGGUGCAGCAACUAAAGAAGCUCUCUUGUGGAAUUAUGAUGAAGUGAUGUACGUGAUUCACCGAUACAAUUGCGUAAAGGCGUGUCUAGCUGGACAUGACCACAAAGGUGGACAUUCAGUCGACUCCCAUGGUAUACAUCAUCGGGUACUUGAAGCUGCCUUGGAGUGCCCUCCAGGAACUGAUGCUUUUGGAUGGGUUAAUCUUUUUGAUGACAGAUUACAACUAUCUGGAGCGGAUAGAAUGGAGAGCCAGGAAAUAGUUUUCAGUUGCUAG